CUCAGGGAGGCCGGUGUUUUCGUCCAUUGUCUGACACGUGAACCCGCUUCCGCCUCCCGCUGCCUCCGUCAGGGGGUGGACGGGAGCCCGCGGGGAGCGGGCUGGAGCCCGGGCCCGGGGGCUCCGUAGGGCAGCGCAGUGAGGCGGGGGGGGUGCGGCUGCGGUUUGUGUUAGUUCUGACGGGCCUUGCGGCGCUACCGUGCUCGCAUUGUGUCAGUGCCCCCCCCCGGCGGCGGGGCUGGGCGGACGCCACGUGACUGACCCGUGGGUGCUUGCAGGGUGCCCGCCAUGAGGCGGCUCUCCGGGAAGGGUUGCGGAGCCCUGGAGGUGAAGUUCGUGCCCGACGAGGAGGUGCUGAAGCACAUUGCUGACGACGCAGGCAUUAAACUGCAGAAGGACAAGGCUCAGCCAUCAGUCAGCGUGAAGAGAUUUGUGAAGAAGCUUGAGAAUAUCUCAGAUGAUGAACCUCAGGAGAUCCUAGAAGAGAAGGACUAUGUUGCUGCUCUUGGAAUAUGUGCCCAAGAUCCAGUAGGAAAUGGCUCAAGUGUAAGUGGUGGUGAAGUUUACUCGUUCAAGACUCCCAAACGCUCCAGCAGAUUGGCGGAGCUGGCCUCUGAAUUAGCUCAGACGCCAGGACAGAGUGCUGCACCUGAUCACUCCAAGUGCCCUGAUAAGACAACCAAAGCCCCUCAAAGCAGCCAACGCUCAAGCAGAGUGCAGCAGAGGAAUAAAAAAGAAUUUAUGUCUACCACACCUUACAGACUCAGGAACAGGCUAACAGUUCACUAUUUAGAAAGUGGGAGUGAAUAUUCUUCUUCGUGCUCAGAGGAGGAUGAGGAGAACCAAAAAGAAGACAACACUGUUUCAUCAGGUCAGAAGACCCCAGAAAAAAUGAAGGCAGCAUCUACGCUUCCUCCCAGCAGCACCCUAGCCAAAAAAAAUAAGGAGAGCAAGAUGAGCAACCUGGUGGAGGAAUACUUUGAAGCUCACAGUAGCUCCAAAGUUCUCACUUCAGACCGAACACUGCAGAAGUUGAGGAGAAGAAGACUGAGUCAGCAAACACUGCGUGACCUUUUGAAGAAAGCUCCCCUUGCCUAUGCUGCUGAAAUCACAGAGCUAAACCAGCUACAUGAAUCCCUGUUUUCCAAGUGGAUGCUGCAAUUACACUUGGGUUUCAAUAUCGUGCUUUAUGGACUGGGCUCCAAGCGUGAUUUGUUAGAGAAGUUUCGUACCUCCCUGCUCCAGGAUUCUGUUCACCUUGUGGUUAAUGGAUACUUUCCCAGCAUCACUGUGAGAUCUAUUCUCAACUCCAUCACAGAGGAGGUACUGGACCAUAUAGGGACAUUCCGCAGCCCCCUUGACCAACUUGACUUCAUCAUUGAAAGGUUUAAAGAAGAUUCAUCUUUAGAGCUCUAUGUCCUCAUUCAUAACCUGGACAGCCAGAUGUUGAGAGGAGAAAGAAGUCAGCAGAUCCUUGCACAAUUAUCCUCUCUGCCUCACAUUUACCUCAUUGCCUCUGUUGAUCACAUCAAUGCUCCUCUCAUGUGGGAUCAGGCAAAACUAAGCCUCUACAACUGGCUUUGGUAUGAGACAACAACAUUUAGUCCCUAUGUGGAAGAAACAUCUUAUGAGAACUCUCUUUUAGUACAGCAAUCUGGAUCUUUGGCUUUGAGCUCCCUAACACAUGUCCUGCGCAGUCUCACUCUCAAUGCCAGGGGGAUAUUCAGAUUGCUUGCUCAGUACCAGCUGGAGAACAAAGACAACCCAUCUUAUCCAGGACUGUCUUUCCAAGACUUCUACCAGCAGUGUCGGGAGGCUUUCCUUGUGAACAGUGACCUGACACUCAGGGCACAGCUGACAGAAUUCAGGGACCACAAGCUCAUCCGGACAAAGCGGGGAGCUGAUGGUGUGGAAUACUUACUAAUUCCUGUAGAUGAUAGUACCUUGACUGACUUCUUAGAUAAAGAGGAUGAAGAUGUGUAACGUCUCUCUGUUCUCAAAGCGUCUAUGACAGUUGCUCUCGAGGGCUGCUGGAGAAGGGCCUAUGCUCAGAUUUCUCUCCCUCCAACCCCAAGGCUGCUGGACUACUUACUGAAAUGUAAUAAUUGUAAUGAAUGAUGCUCAUUGUUACGCUACUUCAGGUAGUUUGAAAUGUUGACUUUUGUAAGCGAGGCAUCUCUUGCUCUGUAGUUAGAUUUGUCUGGGUUGUCUCUUAGUUCAGAUGAUGCCUUCUUCAUAUCUAUGCAGCCACCCUUACAGCCAGAAAAACAAACUCUGUAAGAUUGUGCCUUCUGCUCUUACCUCACCAGCCAUGAGGGUUGAUUUGAGCGGUUUACUUGGGAAGUGCAAAUCUCUAGAAGGUCAGAGCUUUAGUUUGUAGCAGUGGUGCUACUUUUCUCAAAUGAGUGCUUUCCAGUACUCCUUUAACAGGUGGACAAGACUAGCUUCCAGUGUAUGAAGAAGCCAAGAUUUAUAAUGCUAAGAGAUCCUGCCUUGACUGCAUGAAAAACUAGUGGGAUUGUUACACAUUGUGAGUAACUUACUGAAUUCUGGCAAUAGAACUGAAGGAGUUGCUCCAAACCCAAGAUAAUCAAAACUGUCAUGGACUUGAGUCAUUGCCUCUUGGGGAGGGUGAGAGGAUACAGCUUCUUUCAUCUGCUUUCCAAGUUUAAAUCCAGCAAUAGGAAGAGGCUAUGAAGUUUUUCUGUUGAUUUUUUUAAAAAGCUUGAUUGUAUAUAUGUAUUUUUUUUAUAUCAGGAGAGUCUUCUGAUCCUGGAAGAGGCCUUAAGUGCCACUUAUAAACUCUCCCUUUUUUUAAGCCCUCAGAGGCUGGGAGACUGCUGAAGUUUGACAGUUUUCCUUCACUUUUUUUCUCAGGUAUGUGGGAGUAAGCCCUAUAGUUCCAUCAGCUGAAGUCUGCCAGCCAGACUUCAGGGACUU